UUUUCUUUUUCUCUUCAAUUUCCCCGACAGAUAAUUCAACCACAACACGAACUCUCACAACGAACAGCCCUUGCCCCCUGUGAGCUGACGAACCAUAAACCCUAAUUUUCACCCCUUCGCAAUCCCAUUUUCUUCUUUUUAACCUUCCAUAUUCUCUCGUCAUCGCAACUGAAAAUCAGCAUUUUCAUUCCGUGUAAUUUCUUUUGUCGUAACGCCUUCGGCUUUAGCUUGCUUUGGUUUCUCUCGUCUGUGUUGUUUUUUCAGGGAGUUGAAGACGUGGUUCCGGUCGCGUUUCGUGUAGGGUUCGUUGGAAACAUUGCGGGUAAUCGCCGGUUUUGGCUCGGGCGUCUUGAUCGGGUCGCUUAUGGUGGGGUUUCUGCUGUGAAAAUUUUAGGGUUUCCGCGUUACUUCUAGAAAAUUCCAGACCUUCCUCUUCCUCUUCUGUCCAUCGCGUUGCAUUGGGUUUUUGUUCUUGGAGCUGCUCGAAGCGAUUUCCUGGCGUUUCUUUAUCUGACUGGCAAAGAUGUCAUCCGAAUACCCGAUCCUUGAUAAUAGACCUAUAGAUCAGUGGAAGGUCGUAGAGCUGAAGGAGGAGCUCAAGAAGCGGAAGUUGGCAAUCAGGGGUUUGAAGGAUGAUUUGAUUAAGCGUUUGGCAGAAGCAAUUCGUAGCGAGGGUGAAAAUGCACAGGAUGAGGUGGAUAACCGUUCGAGUCAUCCAGCUGGUGACAUGAAAGGUGCAGAAGAAGUCGGGGUUUCAGAGACAGAGAAGCAUGCCCCAUUGGUUGAUGGUUCCAACAUUAAGAGUUCUGAUGCUGGCAAAGUUGGUGCUAAUGGUGGUCUGGAGGCCGUCGGCCAAGAAAAAAUGCAUGAUGAGGUAGCGACAGGAAAUGCUCUUCCUUCAAACGGAGGAACACCUCUUGAUGGUCAUAUAGAGCCUCUGGAGGGUGAAAGUGAAAUCAUUGAAAGCGCUGCAGUUAUUGAGACUGUGGUUCCUGAUUUGACUGACAGUGGAAAAGCUGAGGAAAAUUCUGGUACACAGGAGAUUAAGGAUAAUUCAAAUGAUCAUCUGGAUAAUGGGGAUCCAAAACCACUGCACGAACAUGAUAGUCAUGUACCUCAGUUGGAUAAUGAGGAUACAAAGCCCCAGCUGGAGCAGGAGGAUAAGAGAUCACUGUUGCAGAAUGAGGACUCAAAGCCUCAGUUUGAGAGUGAGAAUUCGAAUUCUGAGUUAGGAAAUGAGGAUUCAAAGCCUCAGCCAGAGAGUGAGAAUCCAAAGUCUGAGCUGGACAGUGAGGAUUUGAAGCCUCCACAGGAGGUUGUCAAGCAUGACCCAUCUGCUCCAAAUGACCAGGUAUCUGAGGUUAGCCCUAGUUUAGGGUUUCAAGCAAAAUCUGAUUCACUUUCUACUGAUUCUGUAUCUAUUAAUGAAAAGAAUGAACUAAAGGAUAAUAUAAUUGCUGAUAAUGUCAAAUUAGAACUAGAUGUUGUUAAACCAGUGAUGGUGGAACUAUCAUCAUCAAGUAAUGUUGUCCCGGUUGGUGGUGACUCACAUCCUAUGGAUGUUGAAGAUCCACAAGAAAAGAAGGCAUUGGUUAAGGAGAAAGAUGGAGGCAUUGAUGCGUACAUUGGAGAUGUGGAGAAGAAAAUUGAUAGCAUUGAUGUGGGUGAUUCUGAGAAGUUGAAUCUGGAUAGAAGUUCUGGUGAUGAUUCUAUGGAUGAAGAUAUUUUGGAGAGUAAGCAGAUUGAUUCGAAGUAUAAUUCCGAUGAAGUGGUAAAUAAAAAUGAGACAGAUGAAGUGCCUGUUAACAUGGAGGUUAAUAUGCUGAAGCUCGAUGGAAAUAAGCCAUCUGCGGACCAAACAGAAACUCUAGUUGAGAAUAAGAGUGGUCAAGAUGUAGGUGUUGAGAAGAGGAAGCUUAAUGACCAGGAAGCUGUGAGCACUGAACCGUUGAAGAGGCAACGGAGGUGGAAUUCCGAUAGCAGCAAGUCUCUUGACGUGCAAAAUCCUAGUCAGACUUCUACUCUUACUCAUGUAUCCACACCUAAGGAUACUGCUUUUCAGCCUCUUAAGCGAAACUUCUCUCGAUCAGACUCCAUGGCCAGUGAAGAAGCACCAAAGGAGCGUGGUGUUCCACCAUCGCAGAAGCCUCCAACCACUUCCCUGAAAAUCGAUCGAUUUCUACGUCCUUUCACUCUGAAAGCUGUCCAAGAACUUCUGGGGCAGACUGGGACUGUGACAAGUUUCUGGAUGGACAACAUUAAAACCCAUUGUUUUGUCACUUACUCUUCAGUGGAAGAAGCCGUGGAGACUCGAAAUGCUGUGUAUAAUCUCCAAUGGCCUCCAAAUGGCGGACGCCUCCUGGUUGCAGAAUUUGUAGAUCCUCAGGAAGUGAAGUCCAAGGUGGAUGCACCUCCUCCAUCUCCUGCUGCUUCUAAGCCUGCUUCUGCUCCUGUUCCUGCACCAUCAAGCCAGCCACAGCCUUCACCCCGCCUGCAGGCUACUAGACAGCAACUGCCACCACCGCCUCCCCUUCCUCCACCGCCGCCACUAUCGAACCCUCCUCUGGUUAAGGAACGGCUCGUGCCUCCACCACCUCCACCGCUAGCUGAGAAACCCGAGGCCCCUAUUGUGACCCUAGACGACCUGUUCAGGAAAACCAAAGCAGUCCCUCGAAUUUACUACCUUCCGCUGUCGGACGAACAAGUGGCCGAGAAGAAGAGACGUGGGCAGCAGGGUAGAAAUGGCAGGCCCUAGGGAAGUUUACAUUUGUGGCUCUGCUUCUUAUGGGGUUAGAGUUAGAGUAUCAUAAAGUUUCGGUCUUUGCAGGUUCUGCAGGUUUGGGGCGUAGCAGAGAGGGAGAUGUAUGGAUUUGGGUACUCUAUGAGGAUUUGCAUUUUCAUCUUUUUUCACCCUUCUCUUUUGUUUUCUGUAGCACUAGAGACCAUGGAAUUAGCAUAUUAGGGGCACUCUGUUUUAUGAGUGAGGUCAAGUGUAUCUGUCUCUACAUAUUUCAUUCCCCUUUGGGUAUAUACUAUUUCCAAGUUGUCGAGCGUUUAAGGAUGCUGAAAUACCCCAACUUCCCUAUGAAUCUAUGAUGGUGCUUUGCCUUUGUUGCAAUGAUGUUCCCAACUUUGGUUUUGGUGCUCCCUUGCAUUAGGAAUCACUAAUUUCGAAGAAGUGUCACAUUGACAAUAGCACGUCAAAAAACUAAGUGUUCUCCAGUUGAGUUUUCUCGGUGUUCUUUAGUUUUAGUUU